AGCUCCUCCGCGCGGGCGGCGGCGGCGCCCUCGGCCCAUGGCGGCGGCAAGCCCGUGGGCCUCGAGGGCGGUCGCGUGGGCCGCCGCGCCGCUCGCGCUGGGGCUGCCCGCCGCGUUGCCGUCUUGGCCCACGGAGCACCUGGCCUUCCUGGCGCUCGGCUUCGCCACCCUCGCCGUGGCGCUGGCGGGCUGGCUGCAGCGGGACGGCAAGGCUGAGGGCCCCGGGAUCCACGGCGCCGCGCCUGCCAAGCCCCCUGCGCCUCGGCUUCCCGACGAGCUGGAGCCUUCGGGACCGGCGCGCGACGAGGACUUCUUCGCGCGGCUCUGGUCUGACGUCGAGGGCCCCGAGGCUGGCCGCGGCGAGGCCUGCGCCAGCGCACGCCGCUCACGCGCGGACUCGCCAGCGCCAACGGCUCCGCGUCAGGAGGACGCUCCCGCAAAGGACAGCCCCUUGGCAGAGGACCUGCCCGUGCUCGCGGUGCUCAAUCACGCAACCUGCGUGGAGGAUCUGAAGGUUCUCCCUGGCAUCGGGCCGAAGAGCGCCGCCGCCAUCCUGGCGCACCGGCAGAGGGGGGGGCAAGCCUUUGGUCGGCUGGAGGACCUCGUGACAGUCGUCGGGCUCGGACGUCCUGCAUUAAGAAAGCUGCAGGCCAAGAGCAUCUGAUGACGGUGGAGCGUUGGAUGUGCAUGCCCGCCGCAAGGAGGGGAAGGGGGGGGCCUGCUCGUAGCGCAGCCCGCUUGGGCCUCUCCAGCGAGGAGCGGCCGAGAUGUGUGUGCUCGCGGGCGGAAUUCAGGCGAAGUAAGCGAAUUGAGCCCGCUUGCGCUGCGCCGCGGCA